AUGCCCCCCAAAAUCGAGCGCAAAGCGCGACGCAAACGACAGACGCGCUUGACCUUCGAGCCAGCUCCCAGCUCUUCUUCGGCACCAUCAAGCAUGGCUCCUGCAAAAGUUCGAUACGAACGCGCGGGCAAAAGUGGGCAGACAAUUUCAAGCCCGAAGGUCGCCGUAGAUGAGGAAGAAAGCAGUGAGGAUGAGGUCCUGGGGUCUGCGCGGAGGUCGGGUAAUGCAGUCGACACCACGCCGGCGCGGGGAAAGACAAAUCUCGCGAAGAAGUUAUUCAAGACACUUCCUGCGCCGGGAACGAUCCCGCAGGCUAGGCCUGGUUAUCCGAUUGCUACACCUCAAGAAGAUUCGGAAUAUGGCAAUGUUCGCCUGCCUUCAAGCAUUCGAAGAUCUGGCUUUCUAGCUGCAGAGAAGAAAAGUCGUAAACCUGGUCUGGAAGAAGCAGAUUCGUCCGAUGGGUCCGAUGUAGAACAGAACUCUUUGACACCUUCCGGUAAGGCCCGAGGAAAGCUACCAGAAUGUAUCGGGCUCAGUGAAGAUGAAACCCCGAGACUUACUCGAUCGCGAGCUCAAAGAAGCAGCCAGGUGUCAGUGUUGCAAGGAGCUACGAAGAGCACUGCAGCGAAGACUGUGGCCCCUAAAAAAGGCCGCGGACGUCCAAGAAAAGCGCCCUUGCCCGACAGCAGCGAAGACGAGGUUAUGUUGCUGCCUACGGUGGAAAGCAAUAGUGCUGUGAAAGCGGUCUCCACGAAAAUCUCGAGGAAACCAAGCCCUAUCGUGAUUCAGAGCGAUGUAGAAGAGGAGGAUGAAGAUGAUGACUUAAUUGUCUCAUCACCGAAGCGUUCGCAGCAACCACUGCAUAAAAACGCUCAGCAAGCUUCCGACUCCGAUUCCGAGGACGUCAGAUCUUCGCCUCUAAAGCGCAGGAGGCCCAAGAUGAACAUCGUGUCAGACGAAGACGAAGAUCUACCGCCAGUAAUAUCCCCUCUGAAGCGGUCAAGAAAAGCGACGGAAUCAGACGAUUCUGAUGACAUCUUGCCAUCUCCGCUCAAGCGACCACGAUUCGUUCCUACGCAGGAACAGAGCGAAGAGGAAGAGGAGCUACCGAAUGUAGCGGAAUUGGCACGCAGAAGAAAAGCUAAAGGCAAAGGACGAGCUCUUUCUGAGUCCCCGGACAUGCCAGCAUCUUCAGGCCGUGCUACCCGGCAACAGGUGACUCGUCGCCAUCGUACCGAGAAGGAGAAGCAGAUGGAAUUGCUGAAACGUCGACGGGCCGGUGAGAGCAUCGAAGAGCUAACCGAAUCCGAAUCAGAAGAUGAUGAUGAUGAUGACCAAAAUGACGAGUUCCAGAAGCUGACUUUCUUCGACGAUGAUGAGGAGGAAGAGGACGAGGAGGUCGUUCCCAGCCGGAAAAGAGCCAAGGUCAGACGCCAGAGAGGGGAUAGCAGCGACGAAGAAGCUGGCGAGUCUGAUUUUGUGAUUGAGGACGACGAAGGCCCUCUCGGUGUUCCUGAUUACACUAUGGAUAUCCCUCUCGAAUUUACGCAUGCUGCCCACAAGUCUCCCAAAGAGCACUUCCGAGAUGUGAUUGAGUGGAUGGUACAAAAUAAACUGAACCCGGGCUUUGCCCGUGACGAUCCAGUCUACCGGCAAGGAUUUGCCAAACUCGAUUCCGAGUAUCUUGGUUAUGCCGAUUCCAAAUUUGUCUCUACCCAGUGGACGGCCGAGUUUACCCGCGCCGUCUACGCCCGGCCUAUGAUGCGGGUCACGAAGCUCAGGCCAGGAGAAGGCGUUGAGAUUUUAGGAGAAGCCAAGUGCCAGCCCUGCAAUCACCGGAAGCACCAGCCCACGUUUGCGCUCCAGUUCACUGGCAAGGCGUAUCAAAAAGACACCUUGGAAGAGAUCGACGGCGACAGCGAUUCCGAGGAUGCGGCCAGCGAUGGAUCUGACGACGGCGACAAGGCAAGUGUAAACAGCAAAGGAUUUGCUCUGCCCAGUCAAGAGAAGGUCUGGAUGUCGGGAAGCGUAUGCGCACAGAAUGCGCAGCAGGCGCAUACCCUCGUGCACUGGCGGUGGCAUCUCAACGACUGGGUUGUCAGUAGCCUCGAGGAAGAAGGCCAUCUCCAACCAUGCAAGUUGGCUGAGCGGGAGAAGAUGACGAGCAAGAAGCGGAUGAAGCUAGCGAACAAGGUGGUGGACCGAUGGGGUGAGGAGAACAAGAUCAAAACGCUGUACCGUGACUUUAAGAGCCAACUCGAUACGGCCAGGGAGUUGAAGGCGAAAGCACGGGGGGGGUGGAGAUGA